AUGGGUCAUUCGGUGCCGCCGCUCAACGACAAGUCGCUGCUGAAAGAGGCACAGACUUAUGUCAAUGGAGAAUGGGUAACUGCAAAGUCGGGCAAGACCUUCGAGGUCAACGACCCCGCAACCGGCAAACCCAUUGGUACACAACCCGAGAUGGACCGCGCCGAUACCGAAGCCGCCAUCGCUGCCGCCGCCGCAGCCUUCCCCGAAUGGCGCAAGACGACCGGCCGCCAACGAUCGAAGCUGCUACGAAAGUGGUACGAUUUGAUCGUUGAGAAUGCCGACGAUAUCGCCAAGUUGAUAACGUGGGAGAAUGGCAAGCCGCUUGCCGAUGCGAAGGGCGAGGUCACAUAUGCAGCAAACUUCUUCGAGUGGUUCUCCGAGGAGGCGCCUAGAGUAUAUGGCAACACCAUUCCGGCAAGUAUCGCUGGAAACAGAGUCUUUACCAUCAACGAGCCCGUUGGAGUCUGCGGACUCAUAACACCAUGGAACUUCCCCGCAGCUAUGAUCACCCGUAAGAUUGGUCCCGCACUUGCAGCUGGUUGCACGGUCGUCGCAAAGUCUCCCGGUGAGACGCCCUUCACAGCAGCAGCCCUCGCGGAACUCGGUCACCGUGCCGGUGUCCCCAAGGGCGUCAUCAAUUUCGUUACAGCGCUCAAGAACACCCCUGAGGUCGGCGAGACCAUCACCUCCUCAAAGACCGUCAAGAAAGUCUCCUUCACAGGCUCCACAGGCGUAGGCAAGCUUCUCAUGAAGCAAUCCUCGGACACUAUGAAGAAGCUUUCCUUCGAGCUCGGCGGUAACUCGCCCUUUAUCGUCUUUGACGACGCAGAUCUAGACACCGCCGUAACCGGCGCCAUAGCAUCCAAGUUCCGCUCGUCAGGCCAGACCUGCGUCUGCGCGAACAGAAUCUACGUCCAGUCCGGCAUCUACGACGCCUUCGCCGACAAGUUCGUGGAGAAGGUCAAGAACUUCAAGGUCGGCGGCGGUUACGACGAGGGCGUUACCCACGGACCUCUGAUUCACGACCGCGCCGUCUCAAAGGUAGAGGCGCACGUGCGCGACGCCGAGAAGCAGGGAGGCAAGAUCCUCAUUGGUGGACAGAAACUUCCUGACCUUGGUGACAAUUUCUACCAGCCCACCGUCAUCCGCGACAUGACAGCCGACAUGCAGCUCGCCAACGAGGAGACCUUCGGCCCUGUCGCCGGCCUCUUCAAGUUCGAUACUGAAGCUGAGGUUGUUAAGCUGGCGAACGCGUCGGACGUUGGUCUUGCCGGAUACUUUUUCAGCCGCGAUGUACAGCGGUGUUACAGGAUUGCUGAGGCGUUGGAAGUUGGUAUGGUGGGUGUAAAUACUGGUUUGAUUUCUGAUCCCGCGGCGCCAUUUGGCGGUGUCAAGCAGAGUGGUUUUGGACGUGAGGGAAGCAUGUUGGGCAUCAAGGAGUACGAAGUCGUGAAGAUGGUGACACUGGGUGGUAUGGGAGAACCGCUUCAGGGCACGCAGUAG